UUUUUGUGGCUAUCCAUGCGUCUCGCUUGCCCGCGUUGUCGCCCAAGCACAUGCUCUGACCAACAGCCGUUGUUUCUGAUGAUAAAAUACUACCUAGGAUAUUAAGGGAUUAUCCUUGGGGGUUGCACGAAUAGAAGUUUGUUUGGUGUAAUCAUAUGAUUUGCGGGACUCGCUGAUCCUCCUUCGGUAGGAUGACGUCUAGAUCUUGGUUUCGCGGCUUGCCUAUCGCUUCAGGUAAGAUGACCAAAUCUAGUGAGAUGAGCUCAGCAUCGAACUAAUGUGUAUCAAGCUACCAAGUAUAUAAAGGGACAUGUUAUCCCUCUUCAUGAAUUCAGAUCAUUCAAAAGACCAAGAAAGAAUACGAUAUCGCAUAUAAAUUCGAUAUCAAACAGAAGCAACACCAAUACCAACGCGUUUCAAACAAACAUUCAUACACACCUAGACAUCAUGGACUCUAGACUCCAGCCCGUCGGCGAGCAAAGCGUCAUGUUCUCAGAUCCAUUCGACAGCCAGUCCAUGGGUUCACCACUCAGUAUGUUGUCACUUUAUCACACUCAUCAUCUAUUCAGUAACUAACCCUCUAUCCAGAAAAAUCCACCACAAAUACCUCCUCUCACUUAGAUUCUCCUUUCGAUGACUACGAACAAGAUUGGAAGAACGUUACCCACGAAAGAGACAGCUGGGCAACUCGAGAGAGACGACGCUCUACUCCUUUCGCAAAUCUCAGUAAUACUGCUUUUAUGGGCAGCCACCACGAAGCAAAACAUGGCCGUAGCGGCAGUUCAUCCCAACCACGAAAAGGGUCUAUUCUUAGCGUGUGGUCUGACCCUAAUGGCGACGAAGAACCCGAUGAUUUGUUAGUGAGAGUGUCGAGCAGGAAGUCGGAGGACCCUAGAGAUGGGAGAAGGGGAAGUGUUCUGAGCUUGUUCAGUCGAAAGAAGGAUGAAAAUGGAAGAGACAUUAUUCAUUCUGAUGGCCACUAGGAGGUAUCAACUUUGGGAGGAAGGAAAGGAGUAUUUGUUUGGAUUGUUGUACAUGGCGGCAUAUGAUACCUGGGCAGGUCCCGUUGUUUGAGGCAUUGGGACGACGAUGAGUCACGAAUUUUAUAUCUACAAGUUGUAUUAUAUUAAGGGAUUUUGUACUGUAUAUUUAGGAUUUUCUUUUCGGCAGAACUUGCGACAAGUUAUCGAAGCACUUAUUUGAAUUGUAUUUUAAAAUACUUGGGAUUCAUUUUAAAGCGAUAAAAUUUCUUCUCUAUCUUCAAAUCCUCAUUUUAUAUCAAAACAAUAACAAAUGAUACUCCUCAAAAGUCU